AUGGCAAGUCCCCUUCACCAAGCUUCUCGCUCGUCUGCUCGUCCCGAACCAGCUUCGCCAUCCACUCGCCACGCCCAUUUCUCUCCUCCGCAUAACUCGUCUAUAACCAAUACUCCCAACUUUUAUACACAUCCUGCCCGUACUUCGAUAUUUAGUGCAUCCGGCGAGCUCAACAUUCUUGGCUCCGAACCGACGAAUACCAUCAUGGAGACUGUUGGGAUUGAGACGAACGCUCGGAGAACUGGUCUACCGUCAUUCUCACGAGCCUUUAACAUGCUUGUGGAAUCCGGGGCUGUUGAUAAUAAUUUCAAGAACGAGGAUGAGGCUUUCUUUGUCCCAUCGUAUCUCGAGAACUCGACAUACGCCCAGAAGCUCCAGGAGGCACACCAAGCUAAAGUUCAGUCUCGUCGCGAUUCGACUCCAGCGAAUGGUUUAUCCCAGCACUCCGCUACGUUCAAUCAGCAUCCUUUGCCCCCCGGUUCGCAUCGAGGCAUGUCGCACACUGUUAUAGAGCGUCCCCCGGCCUUCGAGGAGGAUGAUGACCUUGCACCUUUGCCAACAAAAUGGAACAAGGAUGAUCAGUGGGGAGGCAUUGAGAUCCAAGCCGACGGCUGUACUGUGAAGUACAUCGGACCUAAGAAUCAACACGACCAAGAUCACAUGGCUUGUGCAGUCCGCGCCGACCACUACAUGCCCCCCCAGUGCGGAAUUUAUUACUUCGAGGUGCAAAUAGCAACAGCUAAACGCGACGACGCGACUAUAGGUAUUGGGUUCGCAACCAAGAAUGUCAAUCUGUCACGGCCUAUUGGCUGGGAACCCGAGGCCUGGGGUUAUCACGGCGACGACGGGCGAUGUUUUACAGGGUCAAAUAUCGGAAGACACUACGGCCCUGGAUACAACGCCUAUGACGUGAUUGGAUGUGGCGUGAAUUUCAAGGAGAACAACGCCUUCUUCACCAAAAAUGGAGUUAAGCUAAGUAUGUGCAUGCAUGCUAACAGCCCGGAGAAAGGUAGGCUCUACCCAGCGAUUAGCCUCAAGAAGCCCGGCGAGUCCAUCCGAGUCAAUUUUGGACAAAGCCCUUUUGUGUAUAACAUCGACGAUAUGAUGCGGGAAGAGCGUGAGAGAGUGCAGAAAGAUAUCCAAGCUACAGACACAUCAAGUCUCGUCCCAAACAUGAGCGAAACCGAUGUAAUUCAGGCACUUGUUCUUCAGUUCCUCCAACAUGAUGGCUACGUGGGUACAGCUCGGGCUUUUGCAGAAGACAUGAAGAAGCAAAAAGAAGCUCUAAGCCUUGAUCCCGGAGUUAAGGUCGACGGUGUUAGUAUUAGAGAUGACGAAGACGCAAAUAAUCGCCAACGAAUCCGGCGUGCAAUCCUCGAAGGGGAUAUUGACAGGGCGCUCAAGUACACGAAUGCAUAUUAUCCCCACGUUUUAAAGGAUAACGAACAAGUCUAUUUCAGAUUGCAAUGUCGCAAGUUUAUCGAAUUGGUGCGAAAAGCGGCCCAGCUCAACAUGCGUAAUGAGACCAAGGGUAAUGGGCAUGUUAACAACCCCGCACCUCAGACGAUGGAUCUCGAUCUUAACGGCAGCGAAAAUACUUCAAGGGAUGCGGAUGGUGGUGAGAAUAAGACAGUGAUUGCAGAGCUUGAGCGCAACAUGCUGGAAUACGGACGGACACUCCAGGAACAAUACGUCAAUGACCCACGGGUAGAAGUCAGCAAGGCACUUACUGAGAUUUGGGCAUUGUUGGCAUAUGAAAACCCACUCAAGGUGCCUCAAGUCAGCCACCUCUUGGAUAGGAACGGUAGAGUUGCUGUUGCGGAGGAACUAAACUCGGCCAUUCUACUAUCUCUCGGCAAAUCGUCUCGAGCAGCACUAGAGAAAGUUUAUGCUCAGACCAGCGUGCUCCUUGAAGACCUUCGCCAGGACGGUGGCGAAGGAGCAUUUGCUUCAGUGAAUGAUGUCUUGAAGGGAAUCCCACAAUCUCCACAACACUGAUUCCACCGUCGCCGACAUGCCUGCUAUUUUUGCCUCAUUGUCGGUUUGCAUUCUCGGGGGUUUAUGGUCAUCGGCGUUCUAAAGGGUAAUGCUAUUAGUAUGGAGUUUCUCUUGUAUCUUGUUUUCUGUUUCUGCUCACUUCUUACCACACGAGCCUGUAACAUACUGUGCUCGUUCAGGAGUGGCACUUUGUCGAUACAAAGCAUUUCGUAUGAAGGUUCUGUGUUCCUAAUGAACUCUUAUAGACGGGUGAAGGGAUUGGGGAUGGGUUCAUGGAUAAUAGGUCAACAACUCCCCUCUUGCAGGCAAAGAACGGCGGGUUGUACAAUGCCCAGCACAUAGAUAAGACCAGUGUCGACGAUCAGUGGUAAAUCGAUUUUCAGCAUAUUCUACCAGGCACGGGA